AUGGAGAAUGCUCCACAGGAUGGAGGCUUUUUUGCCGAGAAGGAAGACAGCAGGAAGGAGGUGAGGGAGGACGAAUCGAUUCUUCUUCCAAUCGCUCUGAACAAGAGAUGCAAGUACUGUCUACAGAUACCGCUCGACGACGAGCUGGAAAGCACGUUUGGAAUCUCUGUCUGUAGGUCAUGCCGCCACAGCAUGCUUAAGUUUGUGACGAAGACCUCCUGUCUGUCUGAGUAUCUUCUGACGGACGAGGAGCUCAAGGGAUUCCGAUUUCUCCAGAGGCCCAAUCCUCACAAGGGAACAUGGUCGAAGAUGCAUCUGUAUCUCCAAGAGGAGGUUGAGCAGUUUGCAAUCCACAAGUGGGGGUCUCUCGAGGAGAUUGAAAGGGUCAAGCAGAAAAGAAGAAAGAUGACUGACGAUCGGAAGAUAAGAAAGCUGAAAGGGAAGAUAAAGGAUCUCAGGAGGAAGACCAGGAUGGAUGUUAGAAGCAGCGAGAAGCAUGUGCAUGUGUUUUUUGUGGACGGAGGCAUUUCAAGGUGCUCGUGCGGAAUGGCUGUUGAGCAGGAGGAGCUGUAG